AUGUCGGCCGUCGCCUACGUGGACUUCGUGGCGGCGCAGUGCCUGGUCUCCAUCUCCAAUCGCUCCGCCGUGCCCGAGGCGGCGCGGCUGAAGGUGCCGGGCGAGGGGGAGGCGGCCCGGGAGCUGCGCGACCCCCGCGACGCCUGGAAGGACUACUGCGCCCUGCUGGCCAUCGCCAAGAGCCUGCUGGAGCUCAACAAGUACCGGCCGCUGCCCGCCCCCUCCGUCUGCAGCGACAGCGUGGAGAGCCCCGACGAGGACGCGGGCUCCGACAGCGACGCGGCCACCGAGCCGGGCUCCAGCCCGCCCCGCAGCCCGCCGCCGGGGCCGCCCCCCCGCCUGCGCGCCGCCGGGGCCGCCCCCAAGGGGAAGCUGGCGGCCGAGAAGCGGCACAAGUGCCCCUACAGCGGCUGCGGCAAGGUCUACGGCAAGUCCUCCCACCUCAAGGCGCACUACCGGGUGCACACAGGUGAGCGACCGUUCCCCUGCACAUGGCCCGACUGCCUUAAAAAGUUCUCCCGCUCCGACGAGCUCACCCGGCACUACCGAACCCACACCGGUGAGAAACAGUUUCGGUGCCCCCUCUGCGAGAAGCGGUUCAUGCGGAGCGACCACCUGACAAAGCACGCCCGCCGCCACACUGAGUUUCACCCCAGCAUGAUCAAGCGAUCCAAAAAGUCCAGCUCCAGCAGCUCCUUGUGAAGGCAGGGCUGGCCCGGGGAGGAGAGCGGUGGGGAGGCAAGCCGUGGCAAGGAUGCAGGCAGCGGCAGCGGAGCACGAGCAUCUGCUGUGGCACCGGUUGCCCUCGCUGUCCGAAAGCACAUGUAGCCAAUGUUGGAAAAAAAAAAAGUACUCCGUGCCCCGUUCCCCGUCCUCCACCUCCCCACCCUGCGCUGGGAACAGCCGUCUGGAGCAAGUGGACUGCAGGGGUGAGAGGAGGGAAGGGAUGGCCAGCAGAGGAGGCAACCACCUCCUCUAAUGUAAAGCAUUGAUGCUGGUGUACAUACGUCUGACUGGAUGGUCUGGCCUGUACCACCACAGUAGCGUGACCCCGAGGUCUUUGUGAUUGCUGUGUCAUGAACAUGUUUUGUUGAACAGUGUAAUGCUGCUUGUAUUUAGACUUUGUUGAGUAAAACCACUUUCCGAGUCACAUAAAUAACUCUCAGAUAAAAACUCCAUAGCACAUUGUAGAAGUGGGUUUACUUCUGUCUCAGAAUGAUCCUGCAUUUAAAGACGACUGUUAAGAGAAACAUUACCUAUGUUACUAAUAACGUUUGAUUGAUAUACUGAGAUAAGGUGAAUUUAUACUCAAGAAGGCCCAUUAAAGUAAAUGGGUCUUUUUAAUUUUUCUUUGUAUUAACUAUACUUUUGAAUAUAAGCUGCACUUUUCCAGUAAAAACCUGUAUAAUUCAAGGAGAUACUUAGAGCAAAAAAAAAAACCCACAACAAACAGCUCAGUUGUUUUCUGGCCAUAUGUGUAUUCAGCUCUGUUAUUCACGUACCUGGAAAAAUACAAGUCAGCCUAGAUAAUGUGGCAGGGGUGUGGGAGCAGAAGCAUACGUCUCUCAAUUGAUCCUAUACUUCUAAUUUGUCAAUAAAUACAGUACUGUACUAUAGAAAUGCCACUAACAGUGCUUUAUUCUGCUGUGUUUUGUUUGAAUGGAUGCAUAACAGCAGCUACCAUCUUUAUAAACUGCUGCUUUUUUUAAAGGCUUUUUUUCUUUUCCUACACUUGCCUUAAAGAUUUAUUCUCUUCAUACCUUUGCCUAACUCCCACAGAGUCCUAUGGGAGUUGUGUGUGCUUAUGGAGAGAGUAGAGCUUUCCUUAAGAGCA